AUGCCACCAUCAGCUGUCCGCAGGACAUCCUCUUCGGAUUCAACAGACAGCAUAAGAAAGCGUGUCGGCAAGGCCUGUGACAGAUGCCGCCUGAAGAAAUCAAAGUGUGAUGGCAGUCACCCAUGCACUAGAUGCAAGGCCGAUAAUGCUAUCUGUGUCUUUGGCGAGAGAAAGAAGUCCCACGACAAGAUUUAUCCUAAAGGCUAUGUAGAGAUGCUCGAGCAACAACAAGCACAAUUAGUCGCUGGUCUCCAAGAAACAUAUCGUCGUCUGGUCGAUGCAAACGUUUGGCCUGGAAAGCCUUUGUCAGAAGCUAGCGGACAGCCUCUCACUCAUGACAUUCUCGCAAGACUGGAUCUCCUGGAACCUAAGAACGACGGCAGCGGAGAACACGAGCACUUUGAAGAGGACUGCCAGAAGCUACAACAAAGAUUGAUCUCAGAGGGUGCCUCUUUCAUCGCCAGAAGAAGUUCGAUCAGCUCUGAGUCGGAGCACAGCCUCCCUCGCAAACACGCUCGCACAUCGUCCCACUCAAGCGUCCACAGCACACCAAUUCCGGCACACUCGGCGCCAGUCUUUGAUGAAAAGUUCACAUUCCACCAGAGCGCUUCACCGUCGCCUGUAUCGCAAAGCCCCGUACCAAAGUUGAGCCAACUACGAUCACCGAUCAAGCCUUCGCCGCUUCACAAUGAAGCGAUAAGCAAUGACGACUUCCUUAUGCCUUCGUGGCAGGAUCAAUUCACCAUGCGUGGUCUAUCAGCUGCCGAUGUCAUGCGAUCGCACGCCGCCAUGCAGGUGCCAGCACUCCAGGAUGGAUUCCAAGCCGCAAUCGCAUACGGGAACGCAUUCGAGCCUCAACUGGAGUAUGACAACAUGAUGUCCUUCGGCAGUCCAUCAUAUGCCACCCCGGCACAAGGAUUCGGUACCUUCAACGCCCAGGACUGGAUGAACGAGCCAAUGGAUGUUGAUUUCAGCAAAUUCGUCCAAGUCUCGACGUGA